AUGCCUUGCCAGGAACGAUUUUUAAGUGAAGGAAAGUCAAAUGGAAAUGGCGAAAAUGGCGAAAAUAGAGUAGAGAUAAUGAGGAAUGUGGAUUUCUCUGAAACCCAUUUCCCAUUUCAUCUUCAACCAAGCGUGUCAGAAAUUCAAGAACGCAGUAUCAGAAUUUACAACCUUAGAGAAUUCUCGUCGUCCGAUAUUAAAAAAGAGAUUAUGUCAGCUACAAUAAAUAAAGAUCGUGAAAGCUGCUGA